UCAACUGCAGCAGCACUCGCCAUGUCUCUGCUCCUCUCCCAAAUGCUACUACUACUGCUGCUACUUGCAGUUGCAUCUGCUGUGCCUGAUGGCGGAUGCCUAACGAAAUGCGGCGACGUGGAGAUCCCUUACCCCUUCGGCAUCGGCGCUAUAAUCGCUGACUGUUCCGGGGAAGAUUGUUUCUUAAACAGUACUGAAACUGCCAUCGGUGCAAACUGUUCCUUGGGAGGAGGUUUCAAUCUAACCUGCAACACCAUGAAAAGUGGCCUCAAGAAGCCAUUCUAUCACGAAAUUGAGGUCCUCGAUAUUUCGUUGGUGAUGGGCCAAGUGCGCAUGCUCAACCGCAUAUCAUCGUCGUGCUACGAUCCAAAUUACAACAAUGUCACUUAUUCAAACUGGUGGUUGGAUAUGGAAGACACCCCAUACAGGUUCUCUAAUCUCCGCAACAAGUUCACUGCCAUCGGCUGCGAUACGCUUGCCUACAUACAAGACCACCAUGGGAACAAUAGCUACUUCAGUGGUUGUGUGUCCGCGUGCAACGAUGAACAGAGCAUCAUCAAUGACUCUUGCUCCGGCAUGGGUUGCUGCCAGACUUCCAUACCCAAGAAUCUCCAAUACUAUGGUGUCAGCUUCGAUGGGAAUUUCAACAACUCGAAUACUUGGAGAUUUGGCAGAUGCAACUACGCCGCCUUGUUGGAGGCCGAUUGGUUCCAGUUUCAGACAUCUUAUAUCACCACGAGCCAAUUGAUGCAAAUUAACGGCGAUGGCAGGGUGCCGGUAGUGAUGGACUGGGCCAUUGGCAACGAGACCUGUGAGGUAACUAAGCGCAACCCAAUUACCUCUUAUGCCUGCAUCAGCAAUAACAGCGUGUGUGUCGACUCCUCCAAUGGGCCUGGCUAUCUUUGCAACUGUUCGACAGGAUACCGAGGCAAUCCAUACGUAUCCAACGGAUGCCAAGACGUCGAUGAGUGCAAUCAACAAUCAAAUCCAUGCUCAGAUGGAAUCUGCCAGAACCUGCCCGGUAAUUACAGUUGUCACUGCCCCGAAGGCACGCACGGUGACGCUUACAAUGGAACAUGCAUCCCAGAAUCUCAGAAAAGAAAUUCUCUUUUUCUUGGUGUCAUCCUUGGUGCCAGCAUUGGAACGAGUCUCUUGCUCUCCUGCAUAACAUUGGUCAUCGUAGGCAAAAAAUGGAAGCAAAGAAAUCAACAGAAAAUCAAAAAAAGGAAUUUUCUAAGAAAUCAUGGCUUGCUACUUCAACAAUUAAUCUCCACGAGUGAUCAUGUUGAAGAGAGAACAAACAUAUUUUCUCUGGAAGACAUAGAAAAGGCAACAAAUAAUUUUGAUGAAGCUCGAGUACUUGGAAGGGGAGGACAUGGAACAGUUUACAAAGGAAUUCUAUCAGAUCAACGAGUUAUUGCUAUAAAAAAAUCAAAAAUAGUUAAGACGAGUGAGAUUGACCAAUUUAUAAAUGAGGUUGCGAUUCUUUCUCAAUUGAAUCAUAGGAAUAUAGUUAAGCUUCUUGGAUGUUGUUUAGAAACUGAAGUUCCUUUACUGAUUUAUGAAUUUAUCUCUAACGGGACCCUUUCUGAUCAUCUGCAUGUUUCACAAGAUGAAUCUAAAUUAUCAUGGGAUGAUCGUCUCAGGAUUGCUUUAGAAUCUGCAGGAGCACUUGCCUAUCUACACUCAGCUGCUUCUAUGUCUAUCUUCCAUAGGGAUGUCAAGUCAUCAAAUAUUCUUUUAGAUGAUACUUUUAAGGCGAAGAUAUCAGACUUUGGAGCAUCAAGAUUUAUUCCUCUUGAUCAAACCCACAUAGUUACUGCUAUACAUGGUACCUUUGGGUAUAUUGAUCCAGAGUAUUAUCAAACUAGUCAGUUGACAGAGAAAAGUGAUGUUUAUAGUUUUGGAAUUAUCCUUCUUGAACUUUUAACCGGAAAGAAGCCCAUCUUCUCAACCAAAAAUGGGUUACAACAAAAUCUAGCCAUGAAUUUCCUUCAAGCAACAAGAGAGAAUGUGUUGCUUGAUCUUAUAGAAGAUCGUGUUUUGCAAGAAGGAACAAAGCAAGAGUUUCUUGAAAUCAGUAGUCUGAUAGAAAUAUGCCUAAAUUUGAAAGGUGCUAAAAGGCCUACAAUGAAAGAAGUUGAAUAUAAAUUGCAAAGCAUGAGAAAGGUUAGAAUGAAAAAGAAAAGAGUUUGUAUUCUAGAAGGGAAUGAAGAUGCUGAAUGUUUACUCAGUAUGUCAUCUCACUCUUCCUCACAAUUGGUGGAUGAAAUAAGUCAAGGAAAUUCUAGGAAUUAUAGCUUUGAGAAGGAACUUAUGUGGUCACAAAAUUACCCUCGUUAA